AUGUCUAUCCAUCCUAUACAUAUUGCUGUCCUGGACACCGACAUUCCUUGCUACCCUGUCUACGCGAAACGAGGAUUGUACAGCUCACAAUUCAAUGUUCUUCUCACUGCCGCCGCAAAUCGCAUCAAUGCAAGCCAAUACCACCAGCACAGAAGAGCUCUAAAUGUCCACAUCACUGCAUUCGACGUUGUCGGCGGGUCUUUCCCACAUCUGAAGUCCUUACGGGUCAGCCCUUGGUCGCCGACGGAAAAUGAAUCCCCUGGCUUCCCAGGCCCUGUUGACGCGAUUCUGGUCACUGGAGCAGCAGCCGCAGUAUACGACAAGUUGCACUGGAUUCCAGCCUUAAAAUCCUUUAUUGAGAAAGUGUAUGCCGACUAUCCUAUGGUCAAAAUUUUCGGGUCUUGUUUUGGACAUCAACUUAUAGGCCAGGCCCUCCUUGAAAGCGACAAAAGUUACACGUCCCAAGGAUCUUCAUUUAAGAUAUCCGUCGAGGCGUCAUCCGAUGGCCAUGAGAUUGGCAUGCAGCCUAUCAUCUUGAACCCUGCUUUUGUCUCCAACUUCCCACCUCUAGCUCGCUUUACUCCAGAACAGCCAUUUCAUAUCCAGCUCAUCCAUGGCGAUGCAGUGAUAUCCUCCCCAGAAGACACACCAGUUUCCGGGGUAAAGGGGACGAUAUUGCCUGAGCCAUGGCUCCAUGUCGGAAGCAGCCUGAAAUGUCCAAUCCAGGGCCUCUACAAGCCCGGACACGUUCUCACAUUACAAGGACAUUUUGAAUUCGAUGCGUUCGCCACUGCUGAGCUCUGUCAUAAAUUUGCCGAUCAAUUUAACUGGCCUGCAGAUUUGCUUGCCUCGCAUCUAGAAAACAUCCGGCGCUCCGUGGUGCUUGGCGGCGAGGAUAAGGACGACUCUAAGGUCGCGGCGGAGGCAGUCCUUUUGUUUUUCGCGGGAGAAGACUCGGAUUCGAGCGCAGAUACCAAUUCAUUCUCAUGCUGA